AUGGAUAUGUGGAGAACAUCCAAAGGUCGUGACGAGCUGAGAGAGAAGUUUGCGCAACAUGGGGACUUUGGACAACUUGAGGUUUAUGUCCGCAAGAAGCAUUUGAAGACUGCUUCUGAGGGUGUGCAGGGUGGUUGGUAUACAAAGGCAGCAUUGCAAAAAGAAGGGUGGACUUCGAAAAUGAUUGAACGAGCUUGGGCCUGGGCUCAAACGUUUCCACCAGGAGUCAGGCACAGGGUGAACCCUGUGCAUGGCGAAGAGGAAAUUAAAAUCGUACUUCGGGAGACGUUUGAAAACCUCAGCCAAGACAUCGAGGAGGUGGAACGCUGUGGAACCUUUACCAUUCAGGAUGGGGACGAGGCUGGCACCCUUCUCCAGUCAGAUCUUCCGGAUCCUGGCGAUGUGGCCGCUGGCAGCGGUUCAGGGGCGAAUGCGAAUAUUCCAAAGCCGAAUGUCAAUGCCACAGGCGUGUCUGACUCGGACUCCUCUGAUGAUGACCUUGUCAACAGCUUCGUCCAAAACUUUGCGGAUGGUGCUAGUGCGAAGUCAGUGCUGGCUGAUGCGACCAAGACGGAAAAACUCCUUGACAAACAUGGUGCCUUGUCUGCGCUUUGGAAGCUGCAUGCGCUCCAAAUAGGUUUUGGACCCGCUACCAAUCUGUUGAAGAAGGCAUGCCGGAUCACCCAGAGCGAACAAUUGGAUACUUUUUACAUGGUGAUGAAGGAAGAGGUCAAGGUGGUUUGGCAGAACGAGCACUAUCACUUUUACUUCCGCUUCUUGGGUGCGAAGGGGGAUUGGCCGUGGCUGCGGUCCGUCUAUGACCUAAAAACAGGUUUUACAUCAAAGGUGAUCUGUCACAUAUGCCAUGGCACAGACUGGCACAACUGUGGACCAACUUCUGCUGUUAGAGCUUGGCCAUAUCGUGGGCGAGCUCCCGUUUCUCCAUUCAAAGCUGGUGAAGUGGCCGCCAUCAGGAAAAUGCUUCCUGGUGGUGAUGACCCCUACAAGAUUAAGAUUGACCUGGCACACACAUGGGGGAUAGGCUACGGCAAGGAUGAGGUGGCCUCUGGACUGCUUUUCCUAAGCGUUCGGUGUGGGGUUUUUGGCGGGCAUGGUUCCCCUUAUCAAGAACAGCUCGACUUGGCCUUUGACCACUUCAAGUCUUGGUGUAGGGCAAACAAAAAGACAUCUACUUUGACAUCCUUUGCGAAGGAGGAACUCAAAAUGAAGUCGCUGAAGACCUUUCCCAGAGGUCUCGGAAAAGGCUCGGAUACUGGCCUCAUCGGGGCUUGGUUAGAGGCAGUGCUGGAUAGCGUGACCGAAGAUUCAAUUCCUGCUCCUUGCAGGGACAUAUUUACCGUUCUCAAAUGGGGCAACAGAGCUGGCUGCAGAUUCUUUCGGAUUCUCUAUGGUGGCCAGCUUUGGCUCUCCACUGAAGAGACCAAAGAAGCGGUCAAGUGUGGGUGGAACAUGACUGAGGCAUACGGAGCAUUGGCGAGAUUGGCUGCUUUGCAGAAAUGGGCGCUGUGGUACAUCAGGCCAAAGCUGCACAUGAUGCAACAUGUAGUGAAACUCGGUAAAGUAUAUUAG